CAAGAUCUCCUGCCGCUCAACCGCCAAGGAGAUGUGGGAUAAACUUGAGGUGACGUACGAAGGAACGGACCAAGUACGUGAUGCCUAGAUUGACUUCCUCACCCAAGAAUAUGAGAUGUUCAGGAUGAAGGAGCACGAGAAGAUUGAUGACAUGUUCGACCGAUUUUCCAAGAUAGUCAACGAUCUUCAUGCAUUGAAGAAGACUUACACCGACAGGGAUCUUGUACGAAAGAUCCUACGGAGCUUGACAUCCGAAUGGCGAUCUAAGGCCGAUGCCAUCUAUGAGUCAAUCGGCACAUCAAAUGUCACCAUCGACGGUUUAAGAGGUAACUUAAAAACUUAUGAAUCUACUAUACUUAACCCGUCUUUGAAUGACCAAAGGAAAGGCAUAGCAUUAAAAGCCUUCAAAGAACCAACAAUGAAUGACUCAAGCAACGAUGAUGAAGUCAAGCUUGUCAUGAAAAAGUUUUGCAAGCUUCUAAGGAAGAAAGAAAAGGUUGAGGAUGGCCCUGUGUGCUAUGGAUGUGGUGAAGCCGGGCACAUCAAGAACAAAUGCCCAAGAAGCGGAAGGAAUGCUCGUCACUUCAAAAAGCAAAGAACAUACAUCUCUUGGGGUGGCGACUCUGGCGAUGAGUCAAGCGAGCAAGAGGAAGACGAAGAAGCAAACCUUUGUCUCAUAGCUCAAGAAGAAGAGGAGUCCGACAACGGCGAAAACCAAGAGUUGCUCCGUAUGGAAGCCUACGAAUGGUGGAAACGUAUUGACGAAAAUCCAAACACACCAAAACCUUGGACUUGGGAAUUCUUCGAUUGGGCGUUCAAGAAGGAAUAUAUCCCAGCCCGAUUCCGUGAAGAGAAGCGUGCCAAAUUUAUUCAAUUGAAGCAAGGAGAUAUGACACUCCCUGAAUACCGACAAAAAUUUGUCCACCUCGCUCAAUUUGCACCCACCCUGGUGAGCACAGCGGUUGACCGAAUUGAGGAGUUUUGCAAAAGACUUCGACCUGACCUCAGGCCGCACGUAUCUACUGUUGGCCUUGAAUGCCGUACCCCGGUGCUGCCCGAGUUGUACCCUCAACAAAAGGGGUACCACGACCUCGACAAUCAGCUUCAAGCGUCAGGUAUAUGGUCGUUCGUCUCCAGGAGCCGUCAGUCCUACAAUCCCGCCUUUGUUCGAGCCUUCUACUCAAAUCUCCGCCGGGAUGGGGACACCAUCCGCAGCAGCAUCAAUCUCUACGACAUAGAGAUUGACUUGCCGACCUUUGCACGGAUCGCAGGGCUGCCCAUUCGAGGCGACGACAUCGCGACAUAUGGUGGCGACGAUUGGAUCCUCAAAAACAAGGCGGUCAUCAUUCGUGAGCUUGGGAUCACCAACUUGAUGUGCCACAACGGCGCACCGACGAUUCACUCGGCCCCACCGGACAAGCGCCUCCUCCUCUACAUCAUCACCCGGAUUCUUCGCCCCCGAGACAGCAGCCAUACCUCGCUCUUCAACGAGGACUUGAAGGCGAUUCACGCAAUCAUCCACGGCGCCUCCAUCAAUUGGGCAAAAUUCGUCAUGAUACACAUGGCAGAUUGCACCUCACUCGCCACCGAGCGGAGCUUGCUGUACGCCUUCCUCGUCAUGGACAUCAUUGUCGCCUCCGACAUCCACAUCGCCGGACCGGAUACGAAGAUGACAAAGAUUUGGGUCAUUCAAGACAGCACCUUCCGGAAGAAGUCCGGAGACCAAGACGACGCCGGACGGAGUCGUGCCCGUGCCCGUGCCCCUACCUGUGCACUUGCCCCCGCUUCUGCCUGGGCCUCAUUGCAGUCCAUAGCCGAUACCCUGAAUCAGCUAACCCUCACGGUGGACGACAUGGGGCAGUACAUGGAGCGGAUGGAUUGGACAUUGCAACGCCAACACCACGACAUGACGGCGUUCUUCUGUGGCAUCAACUACGUCCCGCCGCCCUUUGACACCACCUCCUAUGAAGGCGAGGACGAGAACGAGGACGAGGAGGAUAACUCCUAUGCUCCGUCCUCCUCCCCCGACGAAGCCGACUUUGAGGACGCGGUCGACGGGGAUCCCAUGGACGUUGAGGACGACGAAGAAGAUGAUGACGCCGAUGCCUAUACUCUUCUUUUGUCUUCUCUCCUUACUAUAAUUCGCUAUCCAAAAACUUUCUGCCAAAGGCAUUUCUUUUGGCUUAGGUUGGACAUCGAUGUAGAGAUGUCUACAUCGCUGUUCCAGAUGUUUCUGGAAAUCCAACCUUGGCUCAACAGCGAUGUCCAUAUACCAACAUCGCUGUUGGAAGACUUAACACCAAACCAUGGUUUUCAGCUGCCCAUGCCAGACAACGCUGUUGGUCACUCCAACAUCGCUGUUGGGCUGGUGUAGCGAGACCCAUGCAAAAAGGAAAACAACGCUAUCCGCUCAGCAUUGACGCUGAGUGGUACUCCAUUGUAGCACAAGAAUAAACAUAAUAAUUCAACAAUUAAGAUCGUGCAUAUGUUUAUCCUUUUAAUAAAAAUCAAUUCAACUUUACAUUCGGUUCUUUAGACGGUUGACCAACAGUCAACUUAUUUUCUUUCUUUUCAAAACGAUUUAGGUGUUACGGGUUU